AAUGAUGGAGAAGCAAUUGCAAAUUCUGAAUGCAGUUAGAGGAUCUGAGGAGGCAGAGUGCCUGGACCUCGCCUAGGCUGUGUCUCUGAUUCAUUUCUGACUUCAGGCAAGUUCCUUCAAUGGGAAAAAUGGCAAAGACGUUCAGUUUCAUCCUCCUCACCACUGCUCUAGUAAUGGUCAGGGAAAGCUGGGCCCUCGAGGAGGACUGCCUCCGGGAGCAGGCACGGCUCAGAGCCCAGGUGCACCUGCUUGAGACCCGGGUCAAACAGCAGAAGGUCAAGAUCUUGCAGCUUUUGCAAGAGAAGGAAAUCCAGUUCCUCGAUAAAGGAGAAGAGAAUAGUGUCAUUGACCUUGGAGGCAAGAGGCAAUACGCAGAUUGUUCAGAGAUUUUCAAUGAUGGUUUCAAGCAGAGUGGAUUUUACAAAAUCAAACCUCUCCAGAGCCCAGCAGAAUUCUCUGUUUAUUGUGACAUGUCUGAUGGAGGAGGAUGGACUGUAAUUCAGAGACGAUCUGAUGGCAGCGAGAAUUUUAACAGAAAUUGGAAUGACUAUGAAAAUGGCUUUGGAAAUUUUGUCCAAAAAAAUGGUGAAUAUUGGCUGGGUAAUAGAAAUCUUCAUGUACUGACCACACAAGGAGACUACACCUUAAAAAUUGACCUUGCAGAUUUUGAAAAAAAUAACCGUUAUGCACAAUAUAAAAAUUUCAAAGUUGGAGAUGAAAAGAAUUCCUAUGAUUUGCAUAUUGGGGAAUAUUCUGGAACAGCUGGAGACUCCCUUGCAGGGAAUUUUCAUCCUGAGGUACAAUGGUGGGGUAGUCACCAGAGAAUGAAAUUCAGCACAUGGGACAGAGAUAAUGACAACUACGAAGGGAACUGUGCGAAAGAGGAUCUGUCUGGCUGGUGGUUUAACAGGUGUCACUCUGCAAACCUGAAUGGUUUAUACCACAGUGGCCCCUACACGGCUAAAACUGACAAUGGGAUUGUCUGGCACACCUGGCAUGGAUGGUGGUAUUCUUUGAAAUCUGUGGUUAUGAAAAUUAGACCAAAUGAUUUUAUUCCAAAUAUUGUUUAAUUGUCCCUGAUGGGCUUUCAUUUCAGCAGCUCAUCUUGGUUUAAAUGAUUUGAAAAAUAGCAAUUUGGAAUGUUCACAUGUGUGAUUACGUUGAUUGUUAUAUGCACUGCUUUUCGUUCUUAACUGCCUUUAUCACUUAAUGUACUUUCAGUACAGCAAAUAUAUGAUAGUCACCAAAUAAAUGUAGAUAAUGUUAAUACUUAUUGAAUUCCCAUGUGCAAAGGUCUGUGAUAAGAGAUUAUGGUGAAUGAAAAAUAAAAGGCAUAGAGUACAGACAUGACUGGGGAGAUAACAUAGCAUAGAUAUGUUACGUAUGGAUGCAGUUUAAAAAAUACAUAAGAAAAAUCCAGCAAAUAAUGGAUUGCCAAAUCAACUGCAAAGAUACUAAAUAUUAUGUUAGAAAUGAACACAGGUCUCUGACUGCAAAGCUAAACUCUUAAAUACCAACUCAGGAUCUUGAUCACUAUAAAAUACUAUCUCAUAUUUUCAGGGCAUUUAUGUAGAUUAUACACAUCUUUCAGAAGCCUCAUUUUAAUUCUUAUUCCAAUCCUGUGAAGUUUUGUUUUGUUUUGUUUUUUGUUGUUUUGCUGCACUCGGCAGCAUGUGGAAGUUCAAGGGCCAGGGAUCAAAACCUGUGCCACAGCAGCGACCCAAGCCUUUACAGCGACAAGGCUGGAUCCUUAACUGUUGCACCGCAAGAGAACUCCCCAAUCCUGUGAGGUAUUAUUAUCCCCACUUAACAGAGCCGAGAAUUUGUGGAUCUGAGAUGCUGUAACUAUUCAAAGUUACAAAGCUAAUAAGUAGGGGAACAAGGACACAAAUCAAAGUCUUCUGAUGUUCAAUCAAAUUCAGAUGUUUUGCACCCAUGCCACAGCUUUAAAUGGCAUGUGUCAGACACAGAGGACACAUUGCAAGCCCACAUGAAGCUGAUUUUUGGAUAAAGACCUAUAUUAACCAUGUAAUUACAAAAAUACAAAUAAUUAUGAAAAUUGACAAGUGUGAAGGAAAAAUAUGUGCCUGGGGCGUGCAUAGCAGGGAACCUGACCUGGGUUGGGGUCGGGGAGGGGAUCAGAGAAGCUUCCUGUUCUGCAGUGACCCAAGCUGCUGCAGUGACAGCGCUGGAUCCUUAGUCUGCUGCACCACAAGGGAACUCCCUGGAAGAACUAACUUUUUGAGCUGAGCUCUUUUAACUAGGUUUAUGUGGGAGAUCGUUGCAGACAGAAAGAAAUCCUUGUGUAAAGUAACCAAGUCAUGAAAAUGCAUGGGGAGUUCCGGUUGUGGCUCAGCGGUUAAUGAACCCGGCUAGUAUCCAUGAGGACACAGGUUUGAUCCCUGGCCUUGCUCAGUGGGUUAAGGAUCUGGCAUUGCCGUGAGCUGUGGUGUAGGUCGCAGACUCAGCUUGGAUCCCCAGUUGCUGUGACUGUGACGUGGUCCGUCGGGGGUAGCUCCAAUUUGACCCCUAACCUGGGAAUUCCAUAUGCCGCAAAUGUGGGCCUAAAAAGACAAAAAACAAAAAUUAAAAAAAAAAGAGAGAGGCAAUAUGGCUUAGUGAUCCUUCAAUCAAGGAUUCUGCCACUUAAGAGCUGUGUGACCUUGGGUAGGCUGCUUAACUUCUCUGAGUCUCAGUAAUCUCAUGUGUAAAAUGGAGAUUAUACUAGUACGUGCCCCAUAGGGUUGAGUUUUGAGGAUUACACAGGAAAACUACUUAGAAUAAUGCUUUGCACAAAGUAAGCAGUCAACAAGAACCAAUUGUGACUAUUAGUGAAGUAGGCAUUAAGGGACAAUAAUAACAGAUGUCUAACUGGUUACAUAAAUAUGUUAAGGUUAGUUGCACUUUCUCCUCUAAAGAGUGUUUCCCAAAGCAGUGCUUCUCAAAUGUCAAUGUCAUACAAAUCACCUGGGCAUCUUGUUACAAUGAUUCUGGAGUGGGGCCUCAGGUCCUAGUUGUUUAACAAGUUUCCAGGUGAUGGAGAUGUUACUGCUCUAGGGAUCACGCUUUGAAAAAUGAGGAUGUAGGGAACGGCAUUUCCGUGAGAUAGUAAGAGUUAAUACAGGAAGAGAAGGGCUCCUUGAACAAACGAGCUUAGUGGAUGAUAAAGUAAACAAAAUGCAACAGAUUUCUUCUCUUGAGUAUGUCUUGGGUCCCUGAAUAUUCUGAUGUGUUUUGAGUUCCAAGAACAUCCUAUAAGUAGUGCCCCCCAUCUGUGUUUUCCUUUCUGAGGUUUCAGUUACCCAUGGUUUGGAAUUUUUAAACAGAAAAUUCCAUAAAUAAACAAUUUAUAGAAGUUGCCAAAGUGGCUUAGUGGAAACAAAUCUGAUUAGCAUCUACGAGGGCACAGGCUUGAUCCCUGGCUUUGCUCAGUGGGUUAAGGAUCCCACUGAGCAUUGCUGCGAGCUGUAGUAUAGGUUGCAGAGGCAGCUCGGAUCCUAUGUUGCUGCGGCUGUGGCAUAGACCAGCGGCUAUAGUUCUAAUACGACCCCUAGCCUGGGAAUCUCCAUAUGCCAUGAGUACAGCCCUAAAAAGACAAAAAAAAAAAAAAAAAAAAAAAAAAGAAAAGAAAGAAAGAAAGAAAGAAACUGUCAAAAGUCAUACAAAAUCAAUCCUGUAUCUCUGCACAUUCUCACUUCCUUCCUUCUUGAUGCUAAAGAAUGUUCCUUUCUUCUCAAGCCAACUGCUCUAUAAAUAAAUGUGAAUUAAUGAACAAGUG